UUGUCAUUCAUAACCUAAUUCUAAUUGAUUGAAAAAAUUGGAACAAAUAUGUAUAUUCAUCGGAUCCACUGACAGUUUUCUUAUUUAAAUUUCAAGCAUGACAUCAGAACCUCUUAUUUGCCUUCCAGGUCAGAGACUCUGUUUAAGUGAUCAAGUAUACACUUCUGGGCAAGGCACUUAUGAAAGGCAAGGGUACAUUUAUUCACAACUGGCAGGUUCUGUAGACAUUAUCCAAAAAGAUGGUGUAAAAAUAGUGGAGGUCCACAGUAGUGGAGAACAAACCGUGGUUCCUGCACAAGGUGACAUAGUAACGGCACAAGUGUACAUCAUAACCCAACAAUUUGCCAAAUGCCACAUUAAAGGCGUUGGUGACACAUUGCUGAGGAGGCCAUUCAGAGCCUUGGUUCGGAGGGAAGAUGUUAGAGCAACUGAGAAGGAUAGAGUUGAAAUCUAUAAGAGUUUCAGACCAGGCGAUAUAAUAUUGGCAAGAGUGUUACCCAUUACGGAAGCCCACACAUAUCAACUUUCAACUGCAGAGAAUGAAUUAGGUGUAGUUAUAGCACAUUCAGAACAUGGACAUCCUAUGGUACCCAUAAGUUGGACAGAGAUGCAAUGUACCAAAACAUUUGUUAAAGAAUGUAGAAAAGUAGCGAAAGUUGUACCUGAGAAUGUGAAUUCAGAAAAUUCAGAAAGAAAUGUUGAUACUUAAAUAUACUUUGAUCCAUUUUU